GCUUCCUCGUUCGGCCUCAAUGAACACUUUGCAGAUGUGGUUAUCACGGAAAGUGGUCCGUCUUCGUUCGAAAUCGUCGAGAAAGUUGAAGUUGGUAAAAUGGCGUCAAUGUUUGUUGGCCGGAUAGGAGUAAUAUUCUGCUAUUUAUCACUAUGUAUCUACCUCUUUGGUGAUCUCACUAUAUACACGACGACAGUUCCCAAAUCUCUAAUGAAUGUCAUAUGUGCUCCUAUAAAUGUUUCUCAUGUAAUGCCUACGGAUCCAUGUCGAGAAAGCUGGCCCCAUUGGUUACAUCGUUUUACAGUAUAUCGAUUUUGCAUACUACUCUUUGUUAUGGUCUGCACACCGAUGGUCAUCAUUGGCAUAACAAAAACGAAAUACUUGCAGCUAGCCACAUCAAUAUGCAGGUGGACUGCUUUCAUCUUGAUGAUAUGCUUGGCUGCAGCACAAAUUAUUACCAACGGUCCUGCGACAACACCUCCAGCUGCUAAUAUUCAUGGAUUUGGUUCACUGUUUGGUGUUGCAGUGUAUGCCUUUAUGUGCCAUCAUAGUAUUCCAGCCAUAAUUACUCCAAUGAGAUCAAAAACUGGUUUAUUCUUCAAAUUGUCCGGUGUAUAUCUUGUCGUUUUGUCAUUUUACUUCACGCUUUCUAUAACUGGAUCUUUCGCUUUCACUCACGUGCAGGAUGUGUAUACGUUGAAUUUCCUUCACGACGACAUGACUUCUGUGUUUUACUUUGCAUGUGAUCAUUUCCUUGCACUGUUUCCUGUAUUUACUAUCACAACCAGUUAUCCAAUAUUGGCUACUACUUUAAUAAAUAACAUACGAGUCUUGAGGGAUGCUGUAUUCCCACCCGGUUCAAGAGUAUCGUCUGAAGAAGAGUCAUUGUUAGAAGAUGAAAAUGAUGAUGAUGAUGAGCGUGAUUCUAGGCUGAGGAGGAGUAGCCGUUCUGAUCAUGUAGGUGUCGCAGUGCAAUUUCUCAUUCCUUGCUGGUUAGUGGUGAGUGCACGGAAAUACGCAAAGAGCGUGCUGAACUUCCCAGUACCGAAGAAACACUCAAGUCCUUUCAAAUAUAACUACUGGCCAUAUGCAAUAGUCAUCUAUUCCAUAUUUGCCAUAAUCAUGGUUACUUUGAAUAUAGUUGGUGUACGAUUUUAA